AGCGAGUAGUCAGAAGGACGGUGAUCGCACACAAGCUAGUCCGUAGAGGGUCUUUCCGAGUCUUCUUAAUUCAAGCGUAGUGUGGCGUAGUAACCAGCGAGAAUUAUUCGAGCGAGACUUUCUUCUUCUUCAUUCUUCAUUCAUUCUUCAUUCUUCAUUCUUCAUUCUUCAUUCUUCUUCUUCUGUUAUGGCUAAUAAUCGGCACACGAUUAUUCUAAUGCAAACAUCUCAGAACAGAGCAACCAGAACAUUCAUGGAUUAUGCUUCCAUAUCUCAAGCUAUGGAUGGCAUAUGUGCACUAUAUGAAAAGAAACUGAAGGAGUUGAAUCCGGCCAUCAGAAAUCUCUCUUAUGAUAUUAUGGAUCUCUAUAACUUCAUAGACGGUCUUGCAGACAUGAGCGCUCUAGUUUAUGAUAGUUCAAUUCAUGCUUACUUGCCACAUGAUCGACAAUGGAUUAAGCAACGAACCUUUCAACAUUUGAAGAAGUUGGCACAUUGAUCGAUCCCUAAAGUUUUAGCAAUUAAAUGUAAAGUAAAUCACCAAAGGCAGAACCUGUCUGUUAUGUGGGCUAUAUGCCCAUGGUGUAUUUUAUAUAAUAUCAAUAGCUAGUGUUGACGAAGUUUCAGAAACAAAUUAUUGUUGUUGGCACGGUUUACUUUAUCCUUGUCAUGUGUUUUUAUGUCUAGAAGACUUGUCUUUGUUAAAGAAAAAUAAUCAUCUUCUACUAUUUAAUAGUAAGCUGCAAUGUUUAGUUGCCUA